AUGAUCCAAAUGACGAUCAUUUUCCUAUCAUUCCGAUAAUCACAAUGGACGGAUAAAAAAAAGUGUGAAUCUUUCUAGUCAUCAGUAUUUAUCAUUCUAGUCAAAAUCAAAAACAAUGAUCUCAAUCAAUCGUUUAAUUCAAAUGAUUAUCGAUUAUAACAGUAUUAUUAUAAUUCAAAUCUAUUUAUCAUUCAUUAUUCAUGUUUCAGCAAAUGUAUCAUCAGUUUGCAAAACCACUGAUUAUAAAUAUGAUUUUACCGAAUGUGAUGAAUUCGGUGGUAAAUGGCGUGUAAUGGUACCGAAUCAACCAUCAAAUCAUUGUCUGGAUCGAUUAACAUAUGUUCCAACACGUAUACAUAAUUGUUAUACUUCAUGUGAAGGUGGACAAUUUUUUAAUAAAUCAUCAUUGUUUUGUGAAGAUUGUCAACCUGGCCAUUAUUCAUUAAGUGGUGGUAUUGUAUUUGAUAAUUUUAAAAGUUUUCCCGAUUCUCUUCCCGAUGAUUUUCAUAUAAAAACCGAAUAUAGAGGACAUGAAAAUAUUGCCGCUGGCCAAUGUUCAGGAUGGCAUGUGGACAAUACUACAGGAAAUUUAAUUCUUCGUAUCGAUAUGAAACAGGCAAAUGCCAAUAGUGGAUGUAUUUCAAUUUUUACCUAUACAGCCAAAGUAGUAAAACGUGGCCGACUCCGUUUUACUUAUCAUUAUAAAACACCAAACAAUAUGCCAUUAUCAUUAUUGUUUACAUUUAAUUAUCGCCUUUAUGAUGGUAUAGGUGUUAUUGAAAAUGAUAUCGAUACAAAUAUAAAAUUUCCAAUGACAACAAUGGAAAAAAAAUUUGAAACCAUUGAACUACAAUUACAAACACCGGGUUUAUAUAUUUUUACCUGGAAAAGUAUUGUUAUCAAAAAUUUUCGUAAUUAUUUUUCCGUUUCAAAUAUGAUGAAUUUUGAUAAUUAUGGACAGGGUCCGAUAAAUUUUGAUAGUUCACAAAAUUCAGAAAAUCCAUUUCAAAAUAUGCUUUCGACUAUUGGUAUCAUACGAAUCGAAAGAAUUAUUAUUGAAGGUGUUGCUUAUGCUUCCGAAUGUACACCAUGUGAAUCAGGAACAUAUGCACCUGAAGCUGGAAUGAAAGAAUGUUUACUUUGUCCACAAAACACUGCUUUUAAUGGAUCUGGUGCUAUUCAUUGUACAAAAUGCAAUCCAAUUACAGAAUUUGCUAUGAUCGGUUCGAUUUAUUGUUCGAAAAGACCAAUUUGUGGUAUGAAUGAUUUGUAUAUUGUACCGAAAAAUGCAUGCGAUCCACAUACUCUUAAACAAGAAAUUGAAUAUCGAUGGAUUGAACCACGUAUUUGUGUUGAUUCUAAUCAUGUGUUUCCAAGAGAAAAUAGCAUAAUCAAUUGUACAUUAUCGAAUCAUACAAUUGAUUGUGAUCUUGGUAUGGAAAUCAAAUCCGAAACGAAUGGAAAAUUUUGUCAAUUUUGUCCAGAAGGUUAUUAUCGAGAUGAAAAAAUUUCCGAAUGUCAACCUUGUCCUCCAAUGACUAAUCCUUAUUAUGCACUUUCGAUUCAUCAUUGGAAUAAUUCAUUACCUGGAUGGUCAUCAUCUCAUCAUUCAAACGACAUUUCCAAUAUUGUUGAUGAAGAUUUGUUUACCGAAAAUUCUGUCUAUUUGAAUUCUUAUUUUAGUCGACAAUGUUUUCGUGGCGAUGAUGAUAAUGUUUAUAAUGUUAAUAAUGAUAUGAACAAUAAUGAUAAUCCUAUAUUCGAUACAAAAGGUGAAUGUAUUUCCAAUACUGCAUGGCAACCAUUCAAUGAUUAUAUACGAACUGGAGCAUCAGCACCAUUGAAUGCCUAUCUAAUUCUAUCAUUGAUCAUACCUUAUUUUCGUACAAAUGAACAAUCUGAAUUGACCUUUGAUUUUGAACUAAAUUGUAACAACAACGACAACAACAAUGAUUAUGAUGAUGAUCAAUGUUUAUUUAUGUUUGUUGAAACUCGAUCUGAUGAAAGUGAUUUACAAUCAUCAAAUGAAAAAGAUUUUAUUCAACAAAAUAAACAACAAUCAGCCAAUGAUAUUAAUGCCAAUCGUAGUAAUAAGAAAAAAUAUUUUUCAUUUUCUCAACAGACUAUCAAUCAAGUGAUCAAAGAAUGGACACAAUCUACAGAUACUCGUACUGUUUUUCGUCAUCAAAUUCGACGAAAUAUUUCUCGAACAUUUAGUUGGAUUUUUAAACGUACAACGAGCUUUCAAUCAUAUGCAAAAAUUUAUUCAUUAUUAUUAACUGGUUCGAUUGUUGGUUCAGCUAUACGUUGUCAAAUUUGUCCAACAAUGGAUGAUUCAUCAAUGGCUUGUAUUUCCUGUCCAAAUGGACAAUAUCUUCAUCGAAUUACAAUGAAUAAAACAAUACAGAAUAAUUCUAAUAGUCAAGAAUUAUUAUCGAUGAAUAAUUAUCGUUGUGAAAAUUGUCCAGAAAAUCAUAUCCUAAACAAUAACAAUGGAUUAGCUGUUGGAAUUGAAUCUUGUAUGGCUUGUGGUGAAAAUCUUCAAUCAGAUAAUCAAACUAAUAUUUGUUUUAGUAAUGGUUUAGUAACAUUUGAUCAUAAUGAUCAUUAUGAUCUUCGUGAACUUGAACAACCAAUCAUUUAUAAAGGAAUCAAUUUGUUUACAUCUGGUGGUACUCAAUAUAUGAAUAUAUUUAAGAUUAGUUUAUUUGGUCAUCGUAAACAUGAUCCAUUAUCAACAUGUUUGAAUAAUAUAACUGUAUUUGCUGAUGAUUCAUCCGGUGUUCGUUCAUUUAUAUGUCGUUCGACUAUUAUACCGGAUGGAUCGAAAAUAUUUUCAGCACAAUCAGCUAGUUUAGGUGAUGAACUUUUGUUGAUAACAAGACAAACAUCUUAUGCAAAUAUUUCGAUACAUGAAGAAUUUCUUAAAAGUCCUGAUGCUAAUAAAUAUGAUAAAGAUUUUCAUCUAUAUUUCGUUACUAAAUCACCAACAACAGCAUGUAUUACUGGAAGAAAACUAACCAUAACAAUGAGAUGUAAACCAGGCAAAAUGACCGAAAUACGAACACCAAAUUCAUGUCCCGAUGGAACUUGUAAUGGAUGUGAUUUUCAUCUUUUAAUCGAAACUGGAACAGCAGCUGCUUGUCGUCUUUGUCGACCGUAUUCGAAUGAUUAUGAAACAGUUAUUGGUGAAUGUAUUGAUGGUUCACAAAAAAUUCAUUAUGUUAAUCCAAAAGGUUGUGUAAUGAAAAAAUUUAAAACUAAUGAUACGCAAACUACUACUUUGAUAACAAACAAAUUAGUAUUGAAUCGAACAUGUUCAUUAUUAUUACCAAAACAAGUACAAAUCGGUAUAGCAAUGGCAAUGGUAUCCGGUCUAUUUCUUCUGCUGUUAGUAUUCUAUUUUUGGAAUAAAAAUCGUUCAUUAGAAUAUAAAUAUACAAAAUUAAUUGAAAAUACAUGCGAAGGAAAAGGAAACGAAGAUGAUGAUGAAAUGGCUAUCGAUAAUUGUUGUGUUGAAGAUGUUGAUUAUGAUUGUCAACAGAAUGAAGAUAAAUUUGAUGAAAGAAAAAUUGAUAAUGAUAAUAAUCGAUGUCGUUCGAAUCGAAAAUCAUUGAAUAACAAUCAUAAUCGAUUGGAUAAACGUUGUAUGAUGAUAAAAGAUGAAAAAGAUUUUGAUCAACAACAAGUUGAAUUGCAACAAUUGUUUCCAGCCAAAUCAAAUGAUGAUAACAACAAUAAUAAAAAUAGUAAAAAUCGUCAAACAUUCGAUGAUGAAGGCUAUGAAACGAUACAUUUAAUUUCAGCAAAUACUAUUCCAGCAUCUCCAGCAGCUAAUAAUCUGACGAUUUAAAACAAAAAAAAACAAUUUUCCAUUCAUCAACGCUUUUUUUGAAUGAUUGAAUUUUUUUCUUUUCUCCUUUCAGCAUUCCAAUUUUUUUUUCUCGUUUUGUUUUCCAAAUAAUUUUCUUU